AUCAAAGUAAUCAUUUGCCCGAAAUGCCAAAUGAGCAAUUGAAGAGCACAGUUUUUGUCGCAUGUGCACAUGCGUCAUUUGUUUUAGGAGAUUCUAAUAAGUUUUAAAUUUUCUUCAAAUAGUUCAUUUUAUUUUCCUGUUAGGUACAUCCUGUGCAAUAAAAAAAAUAGUGUUAUCUUUCAUAUUCAGUAAAUCUAUGAAAAACGAACCGCAAUAUAAAAGCAAUAGUGUCACAAACCCAAAUUAGUUUACAAAAAUGGCUGUCGGCAGGUAGCAAAUUUAAUUUUGAAAAUUACGAAAGUAAUUAGAGAUAAUUAGACUGAUAGAAAAUAUUUAAUAGUAAAUAUAAAUACAUUUUUAGUUAAAAAUAAAACGAAAUCGUGAAAUCAAAAUGGGAAAAGGACAUACUUAUGUGCAAUGGAUAGUAGCUUUUGUAGCUGAGAUGACACUGUUGACUUACGGCUUACAAGCAGGCUGGGUUUCUCCAAUGAAGGUAAUCCUCCAAUCAGAGUCGUCGCCAGCAGGGAGACCUCUGACAGAGAUGGAAAUGACCUGGGUUGCCAGCGCAGUGCCACUAGCGGGAGUCAUAGGAGUGCCUCUGUUUGUGUACAUAGCUGAUAGUUACGGCAGGAAGGUUGGGGUUCUGGUGAUGGCGAUUAUGCAAAUGUGUUGCUGGAUAAUCAAGUUAUCAACUACAAAUAUCAUCUGCCUCAUCAUAGCCAGGAUUCUAGCAGGGAUUCCUGCCGGUGGCUGUUUCCAGCUCAUCCCGGUAUACGUCAAAGAAAUCAGCCAGGAUAACAUACGAGGAAUGUUGGUUUCCAUGUUCCUCCUCAUGCAAAAUCUUGGUAUUUUGAUGAUAUACGCAAUGGGAUCUUAUUUGGGCUAUUACACGGUCUUGUGGAUAGUUCUCACGAUGUCAGUGGCUUCUGUUUUGGCGUUGAUAAAGGCUCCUGAGAGUCCUUCGUUCCUGGUCAAGAUUGGCAAGUAUGAGGAAGCGGCUGCUACAAUGGCAUUCUUGAGGGGGUUAGAUAUGAACCACAAGGAGAUCCUGGGCGAAGUGAAUUUAUUGAAAGAAGACGACCGACAUUUCAAAUCUCUCCCUGACAUCACGCUUCUCGCCAUUUUGAAAAACCGGUCAUAUCGCACUGGCCUGCUCCUGGUUGUCAUAAUCAUCACGGUACAAGCCAUCAACGGAAACUAUGCAAUGUUCACCUAUGCUUCCUCCGUCUUCUCCGAGUCAGGUGUCACUUUGAGUCCAGAGUUACAGUCGUUGAGCAUACCUAUCGUGAUGAUCCUGGGGUCCUUUACAUCCAUGAGCUGUGUUGACAAGUUUGGGAGGAAGGUGCUACUAACGCUAACCUUCGCCAUAAUCACUGCAGCGUUGAUCAGCCUCGGGACGAUACUGACAAUGAGGCACCAGGGCGGCAGCUUUCCGAACUGGUUGCCAGUCGUCAUCAUCAUAGUGUCUGUCUGGUCGCACGCGGCUGGCGUCGCACCUAUGCCCUACGUCAUCAUGUCGGAAAUGUUUAACUUCCAAAUCCGAGCAAAAGUACUGGGCUGUGUGGUGUCCUACGCGUGGUUCGUGUCGUUUCUCCAACUCUUCGCAUUCGGACCAGCUAUAUCGUUGAUAGGGCUACAUAACACGAUGUACUGCUUUGCUGCAGUCAACCUUGUUGGGGUGUUUCUCACGCUUCUCAUAGUGCCAGAGACAAAAGGAAAGAGCGUGGAAGAAAUUGAAAAGAUGCUGGCCAAAAAAUGAAUCUCUGUGCACUUUUUUUAUUUGAAUAUAAAAUUGUAGAUAUG